GGUGAUCCCGGAACUAUUGUCUGGUAAUAUACAAACAUGGCGUCUCCUGGCUUAGAACUGCUGUUUGCACUGGUCUCUCGUGAGAUCACUAGACCUCAGGACCCGCUCGUCUGCUUCAUCCACUGGGAGCUGAUCAGUCGCGGUCUCCGCUGCCUGGGUAUAAACGAGCAGGCCGGGGCUCAGGAGACGGGUACAGAGCGGCUGCCGGAUGGAUGGGCCAAUAACAAAGAGUUAUACACCCUGCGCUAUGGACACGGGACAUCACAGAUCCUACUCAAAGCACUGACCGUAGAGAAGACCCUGAUAGUCAAUGCCAUGGAGCUUCAGUCUCAGAAGGUUUCUGACGUCACCCUGAACAUUGAGGACUUCAUAGAUGGUGCUCACCUCCAGCAGUAUCACAGUGUCUAUAAAAACCCUGUGGAGUUGAAGCACCAGUUGGAAGCCAAGCUUUUCUCCUCUUUACUUGGCUCAAAGAAGGAGAACGUGAGGGCUGAGAGACCACGGGAGAGACCUGCAGAUGAUGACCCCCUUAGAGUUCCCACCAGGAAUCCACCAUCACAUCACCCUCCUUGGACAGACCCUCCUGGGUACUUUCCAUAUGGCGCAGCAGAUCUGGACCCAUUGGGAGGGCGCUCUGGCGGUAUGAUCAUGGAUCCUUUCCAUGCUGGCCGGGCCAGACCCAGGCCUGAUCCACUAGGCCUUCCUCCUGGAGCCGUGCCUCCUGGUGCACGUUUUGAUCCCUUUGGGCCUAUAGGUUCUGGCCGUCCUGGGCCUGAUCCUGAUCAUCUGCCGCCCCCGGGAUAUGACGACAUGUUCAUGUGAAGUGCCCAUUGCGACCACACAACAGGAGUUGCACUUCUCUUCCAUGCUAUUUGGUGGUUUGGGCUAAUAUAGAGUAUGACAAGUACAAUAAACUGCUUUCUGCACGCAUUAAAACUGGACCCGUUCACGUCAGAACCUGGUCGCUUCAUUGCUGCUACAUGGGUGACCUAACAAACAUGGAACGACUUCAUGUGGCUUUGGUCUAGGUUAGCUCUGUACAUUCCUUGCCAAAAAUAUGGCUGCAUAAAUGAAUACAGUCUAUUGCUGUCUGCUGUCAGGCCUUUGCAGCUGCAGACAGGCCUUGACUGUACGUCUUUUUUUAAUGGGAUGACUUACAGGAAAUACAAAAAAAAACUUUCCUCUCUACCCCCCCCCCCCCCCCCCCAAUUAUCACUACUUUAUGUCCAGUGCCGAGUAUCCCCAGAGACCUUUCCAUCUGUAUGUGUAAUUGCAGUAAUAUCAGCUGCUGACCUUUUUUUUAAGCCUCCGACUGUAAGAGUUAAUUAAAAAUAACAGAACAACAUAGAGCGGUAUUAUUUAUUAUAAACCAGUAACAAGACACAAUGGCAGAGAAUCCUUGGCAUUUUCUCUGAUGAAUGGCGCUGGUAGAGUAAAACUUUGUGUUUGGAGGGUGAGUACGACUGACGCAUAGGGUGAGCGUUCCCCGAUCCAGCCCUGGGUGUCAGGUCUUGCACUUGUAUAUUCCUUCAGAUCGGGGUUAUCACCCCUGCUCUUUUCAUGAUGCGUGAUUCUUGUAAUUAAUAAAUUUCACAUUAUCGGUA